GGGAGCCGCCCCUCGUUUCCGGCCGCGCGUGAGCCCCGCGGUUUCGGGAGCGGAUGGCGCUGGCGGGGCUGCUGCUGGGCCGAGGCGCCCGGUGGAUGGCGACGCUGACGCAGAUGCACCGCCUGGGCCGCCCGCGCCGCACGCCGCCGCCGCCGGGCCCGCUGGAGGGGCGCCCGCAGGUGAAGGGCGUGGUGCUGAAGACGCUGAUUCGCAAGCCGAAGAAGCCCAACUCGGCCAACCGCAAGUGCGCCCUGGUGCGGCUGAGCACCGGCAAGGAGCUGGUCUGCUUCAUCCCGGGCGAGGGCCACAACCUGCAGGAGCACCUGGCCGUGCUGGUGGAGGGCGGCCGCAAGCAGGACCUGCCCGGCGUCAAGGUGCGCAUCGUGCGGGGCAAGUACGACUGCGCCCACGUCAAGAAGAAGCAGGCCUAGCCGAGGGCUGCAUCGGGCCGGCUGGGGCAGGCUGUUGGCAGCGGGUGGAAAUCCACCAGGCUGCCUAAAGAAACGACUGCCCCGGACGUCCGCUUCUACAGAAUUUGGAGAUGAACAUUAAACAGUGUGGAUGUCAGUCCCA